ACACACAUACAGACUGUCAGUAGAGGAACACCGCUCUCAAUCGACUGUGCCCUCUUCUGCCAAACAAAACAGGAGCGGCGCCGUGGGACCUACAGAAACCUCAGAGGAAAGAGCUAUUGAGAAAACUCUAGGAGGCCCAUAGACUCCAUGACAACCAAUAACGUCUGUUUCUGAACACAUUUUGAGCAUGGGGAGGAAAGGAGGGACAGUUCUGCUUCUCAUGUUUUGUGCAGUCCUGGUGACAGCUGCAAAUAUGAAGACUGACUCCAAAAUCAGAGCAUGUGCUAGACAACUGAUGAAAAAAUGUAAACAAGAGGGAUACAAAACACCGGACACAGAGCAGCUGGCUACUGUAUUGGGCAGUGAUGUCCCUGCAGUGGAGAAGAACUCUGACAACUCCCCCAUCUCCCUCCUGUCUGUGUUUAACAGUGUCCUGGGAUCUGUUUCCCCUGGAUACACUCGCUCCAGUAUCUUUCUGGGGAAAAGUCACUCUAAACUCAGUGACAUUAGCUUACCAGGAAUGAUACAGAAGAUGUCAAAUGUCUCGGAGUCUGCAGCUUGCUUCCUGAACGCAGUCGUGGCUCCGCUGGCUUGGAACGCGGUGACACAAAUGGAGGCCGAUAUGGAGCCGCAGGAGAAGUAUGAAACCCUGCUGUCGGCCGCCAAAACUGCAAUAGAAAUGUGUCCAGGAAAACUAAACUUCCCUCAACCCAUCAUGAGAAACCACCUGGUCAGCCUGCUGAGAAUGCUGGCUGAGGUGUACCCAAUGACCUCUGAGGAUCAGAGGAAUGAGGUGAUAAAGUGGGCCGUUGACCAAAUCAAAGAAAAAUUCUUCAACUGUAGCAGCAGCAAAGCAUCUUCAGGUUUAGUCCGGUGCAAGGAGUCGUUAGAAUGGCUGACAACUGAAAUCCUCAACUUGCUCGGCCCGUAUCUCUCCGAAGUAACACCAAGAGAUAUUGACCUCGCUCCAGAACAACAGUUCUGUAAGUUCUUCAUGUCGUCCGAGUUCAAACCUGUGAUGGCCAAAAUUGUCACAAUUAAGCCCAGUCUGGCCAAAAGUCUUCUCCAGAAAAUCAAAGGCUGUUUGAGCAACGAUAAAGAAUUUGUGAACUAUUUGGACAGGUUAGGCCCGCUGGCAUGUUAUUAUGAGCCCACUUCCCAGCUGGCAUCCAAUGAAAGCGUCACACUUUUAUCUGCACUUUCUAAUUGUGCCAACCCUGGUCUGACAACGCUGAAGAAGAAACUGGCAGGCAGCAUAAACCUCAAGGGGCAGAAUGCUCUUCAGAUCUUUCAUCAGCUGGGCAGUGGAGCCAAGAUUCUGGGGGACAAAAUAAAAACAUUAAAUAAGGAGGAGCUGAAGAGCCUGGUCAACGACUCCAGCAUCCAAUUGUCAACUAAACAGAAGCGUAUGGUCGUCUCAACAUACAUGAGGAACGAUACGUGCAAAGAGCUUUCGAAAGAGGAGCUUAAAGUCCUCUCAAGAGUUGCGGACGCACUGCCAAAAUGUAUUUACAAAAAGGUCAAAUCUCAAGAUCUUAGAGACCCUGAAGUGUUGGAAAAGUUUGCCAAGGGAGUCAGAAAGUCCCAGGCUGUAGCCAUAUUUACAAAAUUAGGUACGAUGGAUGUCACAGAGAUGAUUAACUUGCCCGAUAAUGUGCGUCUAGUAGCUUCUUUACGUCUGUUGGAAAACUAUGCCAACGUGUCCUGGAGUCAAGUCACCUCGAAAAGAUGGCGCAGAGCACAGGCCAUAUUCCUUGUCGAGAAAAUGAUACAACGAUUCAGUAAUUGGUUCAGAAAUGUGGGGUGCGUCCUUCUGGGCGUCACUUGUGGACAGAUUGAGGCCGUUGCAAAUUCUGAAGUUCUGGCAAUGGCUCAGAGCUUUGCAGACACUCCUCAGUGCCUUUCCAAAGCGCAGGUCAUAUGUGUUUCACAGAAGCUUUUCGCGACAUUUGAAUCACAAAGACCAGAGUAUUUCAAAACCAUAACUAUGGAAGAGCUGAGUAACAUCCCUGCAAUCUUUCUUAUUCAGUUAUUACCAGAAAAGGUAAAAGAUUUGCCUGAGUCUGUGUGUGCAGCUUUUCUCGACAAGAUGGAAAUGUUAAAUCUCAGCAGAACAUCCCUCCGAUCUGCUUCUCUCCCUGUGCUCACUGAGAAAGCUCUGAGCUGUCUGGGCUCAAAUGUGUCCAGCCUGACCUCUGAGAACAUGAGGAGACUUGGGCCUCUGCUGUGUGAAGUCCCGCCCUCAACACUGCGCCUUCUUAAACCGGACGUACUCAAAACCACGCUCCAGGCCAUGGCGUCAUGCUACCGUUUCCCCGAAGAGCACCAAGAAGGUCUGCUCCAGCUGGUCCAAGAAACCUUUGGGAAUCCUUCAACCUGGACUUCUACCACUGUGGAAGAAAUGGGUCGUCUCCUGUUUCUGUAUAGAAAUACCACAUUUUCUCUGUCUAGACAGCCUGGGAUGAAAACUGCUCUGUCUUAUCUCCUUAAUAUGGAUGAAAAUGCCCCUGAAUUUCUCCAUAAAACACUGUUUGAUCUCACUGUGAAUGAUCCUUCAUCGACUGUGACCCGGAGGAAGAGAGAAGCCAGCGCCAACAGUAACACUAACAACAACAAGCCGGUCAGCAGCGACAACGGCACCUCCAUCACUGGUGACCCCACUGUGGAGCUGAUCACGCAGCUGGGACCCGACAAUGUCUACUGGACCGUCAAACAGCUGGACGCCAUGGAAUUAAACACCUUCAUAGAAACCGUGGAUAUUCUAGGUUCUGUGACCAACUACAGCCCAGAACAGCUGCAAGUGCUCAGUAAAAAGGCUGUAGAGGCCUAUGGUCAACCUGUCAGUAUGAAUGAGACUACGGUUGAAGAUCUGGGCUGUAUCUGUCAGGGCUUCACCGAUGAUGAGCUGAUGAAAAUGAACUUCCCCCUCAGGUCUCUAGACGAUAUCUCCAAAUGUGGCUGGAAUGACUCCCAGAUUAGAGCCGUGUGGAAGGCACUGGCGGGAUACAACAGUCUGACGCCUCAGGGUCUGGAUGCGUCUGACAUGGUGGCUCUAAGCAGCUUCAUGUGUGGACUGAGCUCCAACGAAAUCAAGCAACUCAACGUAACCGCCUUCAGGGAAGCUGUGCCAUCUCUGUCACUCCAGUGCUCUGUGGAAGUGAUGCAGAGGUACAAAAACCUCACAGUGUCCACCUUUGGAGAGUCCAGCACCUGGACGUCAGCUGUAGUCUCUGACCUGGGCACUUUUAUUGCUGGUCUGACCGCUAUGGAGUUUGCUUCUUUGGAUGUCUCUGUCUUCUCACACAUUAGCAGGGACUGCAUCCCUCUCAUCCCCCCAGUCAACAUAGCCGCUCUCUCGGCAGCUAAGAUUGAGGCACUUGGCCCUGACAAUGCUCUCUUGAUAACCAGUGAGCAGAGAGCUGCCAUGAGUUCCGAGCAGCUGACUGCCCUCCACAAGGCCAUCGAAGGAUAUCGCCAGCGAGAAGCCCAAAGUGAUAGUAAAGCUCCCCCUCUGGCGAUUGGAGGCAUUGCGUUCUUUAAGCCUCUCCUGUUUUUCAUGCUGGGGCUUAUUCUGCUGUGAAAGUUUGAAUACAGAAUCUUACUUCCUGCCACAAAGAUUAUGUAGAUGGAAGAUCUUUUUGCACUCAAUGUAAAUGAGUAGUUUAAAAUUUCAGUCUUUCACUAAAUAAAAUAUAUAUGGGCGUUUGCAAUAGAUGACUAGACUAUGUUUACAUGUACGCCAAAAAUCUGAUCAUUAUAGAUUGUUGAAACUGAUUCUUUCUUUCUGACGUGUGCAUGUGUUAACAAGGGAAAUUAUGAAAAAAGGGGACUUAAACUUAUGAUGGAAGAGAAAAUGCUGAAGAUUGAAGAGAAUUAUUUAAAAAUCUUUUAUUUUUACUACUUUCUACAUUUUAGAGACAUACAGAAGACAUCAAGUAUAUAAAGUAAGAUAUAUGGAAUUAUGAAGCAAAAAAAACUUAAA